GCUAACCAAUAAGAGUAGAGUGUGGAAAUCAUGUGCUUCGAUCGUUAGCCCUAAUUGGUUUGUGGAAAGUCCAAUGAAAGCGCGAAUUUUAAAUUCAAAAGGAAAAUUGAGAGAGGAGGAAGCGUCGGUCUGGUUAAUAAAGCAGACGAAGAGACGGGGCGAGAGAGAGAGAGGAGUUUGUCAGGACGGGACGUGGGUGGCGGAGGAGCGGAGCGGAAAUGGUGACGAUCGGGAAUAAAUAAAUUGGGCAGUUUGGAAGCGUCGGAGUCGGGGAAUUCGGACGGACCCCGCGAGGAAGUAUAGAAGAGGGUGGGACGAGGGACUAUCGAUCGCGGGUGAGCCUCAGUCUGGACGGGGGUGAGGUAGCGACAGCCGUACCUGUGUGACGUCAUCGAGGAGGCAGACGUUGCCAUUCCAUGCCGGGACCCGUCUAGACGGGGGUUCGCUUGGUUCGUCGCCAGGCUGGCCAAUCGCGGAUGUCGAAGCGGCAAGAGUCGCGGGACUCACCGCCACCUGUUCCCCGGCGGCGGUGGCAGGACGGGUGCCAUUGCCACCGUCGUCAAGAGGACCUAUCGUCACCGCGUGGCGGCCUCUCGUCCCAGCCGACUCUCGGCCCGACGACAGAUGUACGACAAGUUCCAAACAUGGGCCCUGGAGACGUACGGAGACAGCGCCAAGACCAAAACCGUCACCAGGAGGAAGUAUCUGAGGAUUCUCAAGAUCCUCAGGGGAGAGGAGCAGACCACCAGCGAAAACUCCAAGUUCCGAUUUUGGGUCAGGGCCAAGGGAUUCACCCUGGGUCCACCGGGAACCGGAACUUCGCUCGUCAAGAAGGGAGAAUAUCCCUUGUACGUUCCAUGUAGCAGGGUGCCGACGAAUUCCGGAGAAGAGGAGACCAUCUACAAGAAGGUAGCGGUGGUGGAGAAUUUUUUCGACAUCAUCUACGACGUUCACGUAGAGUCGGACGGAAAAUCGGGAAAACAUGCGGGACAAAAAAGAACAUACAGAGCAAUUGCAGAAACGUACGCGUUUCUACCCAGGGAAGCGGUGACCCACUUUCUGAUGUCCUGUGCCAAUUGCCAAAAGCGAAUGCACCUCGCGUCAGACUCGUCUCCGCCUCAUCCUGGAGCAGGAAACGGGAAGAUAGGUAGUCGCCAUGGCAACGAGGUUAGCUGCAAUCAGCGCUCAAAGGGAACAUCCAGCACUCCGGGCGAUUCCGAAGAGAUCGACUAUUCUCUGCCCAUCACCACUACGUACCUGAAACACAUGAAGAGUUUAACGUAUGACGUCAACGGCACAAUGCGUGUCGACGGAGAGGAAUGUUCCUCGACGGUCGACAGCGAAGUGAGCGAGAAUUGUCAAUACGAAGAAUCCACCCAGUUUGACACCUAUCGCUACGACGACGAAGAACAAGAAGAGUUGGGUUAUUCUUCCAGUCAAGAACUGAACGAUUCGAAUGUGCCAUUGGACAUGACCAAUCAAAACUCGUUAAACGAACCCAUAAAUAUGAGCAAACAGAGCAACCAAGACGAUAAAAGACUUAAGGGAACGGCGGACCCUUCAGAAGAGCUGUCGAUUGCCACUAAAGAAGACGAAGAAGAAAGUGAUGAGGAGGAAAGCGAUAAAGUAGAAGCUCAUAAUAAGUACGAUCCCGAACGUCUCAAGGCCUUCAAUUUAUUCGUUCGGCUCUUCGUGGACGAAAAUUUGGAUAGAGUCGUUCCGAUAUCCAGACAACCUAAGGAUAAAGUGCAAGCCAUCAUCGAUUCCUGUCGCCGGCAAUUCCCGGAAUUUGCAGAAAGAGCUCGUAAGAGGAUCCGAACUUAUUUAAAAUCGUGUAGAAGGACCAAAAGAUGUCGGAAUCAAAACGGUCUGGACGGGAUUCGUCCUACUCCUCCUCACUUAACUUCGGCUUUAGCCGAACAGAUUUUGGCAAGUGCUUGUAAAAAUGAAAGUUUGAACGCCAAAAGGAUGAAACUCGGGCUGAAACCUUUAGCAGUAGAAGUGAAAGGUGCGAAGGACCUGGAACACAAGUUAUAUAACAAUAACAACAACAACAACAACUGUCGGCAAAUGGCGGUAUUAUCAUCGGAGAACAAUUACUCUCUGAACACCUGCCCUUGUUCCAAUGGUCCGACCGAUCUAAGUGUGAAGAAGCAGACGGUCAAUUGCAGCAAUUACACUCUUCAUCCAAACGAAGUAUUCGCAGUGAAGCAACUGAUCGCAGGUUACCGAGAAUCUGCAGCUUUUCUAUUCAGAUCGGCGGACGAAUUAGAACAUUUGUUACAACAGCAGAACUAAAUCUUCAUCCAAAAAAUUACAAACAACACGAUUAGGUCUAUUAACUAGAUUUAAGGGGACCAACUCCAUCGACUUAAAAGGAAAUUCAAAAAUUUUUAUUCUCUUAUUGACUUUCGGAUUUGGUCUAAAAUACCUAAAAUUUUGAAUAAACUCCUAUCGGUUAUAAUAAAAUUACUUUCUUAAUGAUUUUAAGUGAAAAAAUAAAUAAUUUUUAAUUAAUUUAUCUAUAUUACUAUUAUUAUUUUCGAGCGUUUAAUUAAAAUGACAGUUUUAAAUUCUUUCCGCAUAACGAAAUCUGUCUUCGGUAUUGUUUGUAAUCGUUCACACCAAGGGCCAAUUGGGGCGCGUUUGGAAAUAUCCGAGCGAUUAUAUUUUUUAAUGCUAUUUUUGGGCUAGAAUUAAUUUAAAACAUAAUCUGGCCUCGACCUAACGCAGUGUCGCCAUCUCUUAAAUACUUUAAUAAGUAGGAUGAUCUUAAUUACAAUUUAUUAAUUUUUUUAAACCAUCAAUGCAUUUAAAAUUCUUUUAACAAGAAAAAACUAAUCGAAGUAUACAGGAGAUCAUUUUAGAGAAAGCUAUUAUUAUAAAAAUGACGAUAAUUUAGACAUUUCUUCCAUUUCUAACAUUACACUUUGAUGGAAACCAAAUGGUUUUUUCGUUUGAUCAUUAAGUAGGACGUUCUCACUUUAAACGGAUAAAUAGAAAUGCGAAAUCAAUGUUGUAGAAAUUUCGAUUUUCAUUUAUUAUUAUUAUAGAAUUGCACAAAAUCUAUAAAAUUCCAGCAAUCCGUAUUUAAAAAAACACAUCUGUAUUGUAACAUAUGUCACUCGCAUAAAGUACAGAGUACGUCCCCUUUACAGAGGUUUUUAGUAGCUUACAUCACUAAUGUUAGGUGGAAGAUGCAACCAAAAACUGGCAAAAAAAAUCACCCCUCGAGAUGUGCAGGAAAAUUAUCACUCGACGCCCAACAGGCAGAUUUCAUUAUGUGCAUUCGUGACUUGUUUUAAUUUCUCUCCGGAGCCCGUCUCGCCGGCACGAAAUGAGAACUUUGGCCCGGUGCGAACUGUCUCCGCGCUUUUCUACCGUUAGAAGGAACGCGAUGGAAGUUCGGAGCGGGCCGUGCUAAUACAUUUGGCAGUUUGUGUCGGUUGGAGGGUGUUUAUUCUCUGUAUGUGUAAGCUUGGAGGUAUCCUGCAUUAUUUUAAAGAUAUAAAGGUAAAUUAAAGGAAUAGAAAAAGUGUGUAUCAUCAAAUUCAAAAAUAUCUUUCUAAAAUUUAAAAUUAAAAUAUUUCAUUUCUGUUUAUAUUGAUGUGUAACCUACAAUAAUGCGAUAAAAACAGGAGUUUUUAUUUCCAGAUAUUAGCUUGUAUGGAUGUAUUGUACAUGAAUGUUACAUUGUAUUCAAUUUCCUUUCUCUUAUAUAACCAAUAUAAAUACAUUUUUAAUUGUACUUCUAUGUUUAAAUGCGUACGCGAGUCUCUUCGCUAUAUUUGUUAGUGGCAGCGUGCAUCUAUUUAUCCACGCAGACUUGUUUAUAGAACGGAGUUUACGGCCGAUUCUUUAUUAUUAUAAUUAUUCCGACAAAGAAUAUCGCAUUUAAAAUAUUUUUUUAUAAAUAAAUUAAUUAAAUUAAAUUAGUAACAAUUUAUUUUUCUUCGA